AAACGAGAGCAUUGGCCGACCUCUUUCCUUCGGUCUUCCGUCUUCGCGGAAGAUCCAUCGAGCGAGCGAGGUAAUUGAUGAUUGACUUUUUCAAAAUACCUACGACGAUUUCAAAAUCUUGAUUUCCUCGAAUCUAGCGAUUCUCUGCAGCCUUUCCUCAAUUCCGAUUCUACAUUAUCGAUUCCAACCUCCUUCCUUCACUGUUCAAUUGUUCGAUCUGCAAAUCUAUAUUCUCUCAUGGGGACCCCUGCUUUUCCGAAUCUGGGCAAACAUUGCUCCGUCGAUGAUUGUAAGCUCAUCGACUUCUUGCCCUUCACCUGUGAUUGCUGCUUCAAGGUAUACUGUCUAGAACAUCGAAGCUAUGCUACGCAUAAAUGUCCAAAGGGCAAUAAACAUGACGUAUCAGUUGUUAUAUGCCCGCUUUGUGCGAAAUCGGUUCGCCUUAUUCCUGAUGAAGACCCUAACAUCACAUGGGAAUCCCAUGUGAAUACAGAAUGUGAUCCUUCAAAUUUCGAGAAAGUUACUAAGAAAAGGAAAUGUCCAGUUCCACGGUGCAAAGAGCUCCUCACAUUCUCAAACACAGUCCGUUGUCGAGACUGCACGUUAGACCAUUGCUUGAAACACCGGUUUGGUCUGGACCACAAUUGCCCAGGACCCAAAAAACCAGAAUCAGCAUUCCCUUUUAUGAGUAAUUUUCUUAGCGGAAGCAGAAAAGAAACAACAUCUAGACCGAGCCAAGUCCCCCCUUCCACAUCAUCAUCAAGAUGGGCCACGAGCUUUCUGAACGCAGCUUCCAGUUUUCGAGCAACUGCAGAAGCGGGGAUUGCAAAAUUUAGCAACGAGUUUAACCAGAAGGGGCAGACACAGACAGAACAAAGUGGGGGCAAUCAAAAAAUUGAGCAAUGCCCACAUUGCAGUGUGAGGUUUUCAUCUGUUGCGGCUCUGAUAGAUCAUGUGGAGAAAGUUCAUGAAAAGAAUGGGAAUCGGCCUUCGGUUAUGAGAGUGACGCUUGAUGUUUGCCCGAAGUGUAGCAAAGGGUUUCGUGACGCUGUCUCGCUGGUGGAGCAUGUCGAGAGAGAUCAUGGAGGUAAAUCAAAGGGGUAGUAGCAAAAGAACCAAAGCCUUUUUGAUUGGGGGAUUUUGAACGUGUGCAUCUCUUCUUUUUAAGUUUGUAAUUUUAUGGUAUGAUGAAUUCUCAAUAGUCAAUACUUAUUUGUUGUACAGACAGCCAGAUUGGGGGACAAAUGAAAGACAUCAUCACUAUUUGGAAACUGCUAGCUCUUGUCAAUUUUUUAUUUUUAUUUUCAAAAAACUUCCCAAUAAGUCCCUAAAUGAAGAUACUGUAUGUCAUUUUUAGCUCAUUUUCA